AUGGCACCUGGAGUGCAGGAUAUCAGCCGCGCGCUGGACCUCAAUGUCGAGACCACCCAGCUGAGUCUCUCCAUCUUCGUCGUAUGGUAUGGCUUCGGGCCUAUGUUUAUUGCUCCAGUGACAGACAUCUAUGGGAGAAGACCAGUCUGGCUGGCGACGGGACUGUGGUUCUCCAUCUGGAAUAUGGUAUGCGGGUUCAGUCACAAUAAGUCUCUCCUCAUCGUGGGACGCUUGUUAGCAGGUCUGGGCGCCAGUUCGAGCUUCGGGAUCUCCAAUCCAAUCGUGAGCGACUGUUUUCCCCCUGCGAAGCGAGGCCGAGCGUUGGGAAUCGCCACGACCAUGCCUCUCCUCGGCCCUGCUUUUGGUCCCAUCGUCGGAGGCAUUCUCGUACAGGCUGCCGGAUGGCGUUGGCUUUUCUGGACGCUGUCAAUAUUUCUUGCGACCAUACUCAUUCUUGGGUAUUGGCUAUUCUAUGAGAGUUCCAACAACACUAUAUUGAAGCGCAAGGCAGCCAUGCUGCGCAAAACAACGGGAGACAACCGAUACCACGCGGCAGGAGAACUUGAGUCCCGGAAGGCGAAACUCACCCGGAGCUUUGCUCUGCCAUUCCAGAUGCUUUGCUUCGAGCCCGCCAUUCAGAUCAUCGCAGGGUAUCUAUCGGUCAACUUUGGCACUGCCUACCUUGUCAUGACAACCUUCGCGAGCCUGUUUGUCGAUGAAUACGGGUUUUCCGCUCAAGCAGCCGGCCUACAGUACAUUUCGGUUGCGAUCGGUUUCCUGGGGGGUGCUCACCUGGGUGGUCUGGCCAUGGAUAAAAUUUACAAGAGGCUGAGGAGGGCUGGAUCUGCUGAGGCUGCGCCUGAGGUACGGGUCCCGCUGAUGCUUCCUGCCGGCAUCAUCUCGGCUGUCGGUCUUUUCUGGUACGGUUGGUCGGCGCAAGCGAAGGUGUUUUGGUUAGUCCCAGACAUCGGCAUCGCGGUAUUCAGCUUCGGCAACGUCAUGACGACGCAGUUGUCGCAGGCGUAUGUGAUGGACGCCUUCGCGGGUUCGGUGGCCUCGGGCGCUGCUGCAAGCCAGGUGCUCAGAAGCGUGACUGCGUUCGCAUUCCCGAUCUUUGCCCCGGUCAUGUACCAAAAUCUGGGAUAUGGGUGGGGUAACAGCAUUCUGGCAUUUUUAUCCCUGUUUCUAGGUUUGGCCGGUCCAGGGGUCCUGUGGGUGUAUGGCGCACGUCUCGGGUCAAAGUAG